GAAACCUAAAUCAUAGAUGAUGAUGAGUUAAUAUUAUACCCAAAUUAUGUUACGACCCACCAGAGGAUUUUAUUAGUGUGGUCUAGAUUUUUUUUUUUACCUAUUUAUGAAGUGUAGAUAAUUUCCUAAUCAUUUUCUUGGUUGUGAUUGGUGCAUUAACCAAUUAGAUCAAAAUUGUGCUAGUCCAUUAGAAAAUAAAUAAAAAAACAAUAUUGGUGUGUGAAUCAUACACAACAGACCCAAUUCACACUAUAAAAAUAUACAAAAAUAGUCCAAAUGAAAGUAGGCUGAGUAUUCGGCAUAUCUGCCAACAUUUUAUUCAGCCAAAUUAUUCAGUUAAAUGCCAACAACUAAGCUCCUCCAGAAAAUUUCUCUUGCAUUGGGUUACGUUUUUCCAUUUUAAAUAUUAUAAACUCCAUAUUCCGCCCAGCUAUAGCCUAAAUUAUUAAGUAUUCAAGAUCUAUGUGUAAGAGGAAAGCAGUAAAAAUAGAAAGUCCUCCAAUUAAAACUGAUUAGUGUCAGUGCAAUUGAAGGAAUGGGCCAUUGGCAAAAAUAUGGGCACUCAUGUUAUUAAUUUGGGUGAGGUGUCAUCCAUUAGUGGUCAUUUGACUGAUUAAAUGGUAACAAGCAUUAUUAACCAAGCCAUUAUUUAAACAAGUUAACUGAGUACCUUUUCAUGGUUACAGUUUUAUUAGCUUGGCAUUAGUAGUAGUGGUCAUAAAUGAGUAACCAUCUUUCACUGAAUAAAAUGAUUUAUAUAUUAUGUAUUAAUGUGUAUUUGCCAUAGCAUGAGUAUGAAAUGUAAGUAUUAAAAAGUGUUUUUUACUCCAAAUUUGGUCCAAAAAAUUAUAUUUAUGGAACCAAUUAUACAAUACAAUACAAAUACUCUUUAUUGCACACCUCAAUAAAAAAAAUACAGAGAGAAAACAGCAACAGAAGUAGAGGUAAACAACAGGCGGUCUUAUUGCUAAAAAGCAAUUUAUUCCAGACAACCUUUAGGUAUAUAUGCAAAGUAUGUUUUACAUUACAGUAAUGUUUGGAAUGUCAUGUUUUAUAAAAAUAGUAUGUGCUACAAGAUCCAACCAGCUAUUACCAUAAUCUUAUUCGAAAUUUAUGUUCUAACACCCACUAUACAAUAAAAAUUGUCAUAGAAAUGUGAAUUUACCAGUAUAGGAAAUACAGUUGUAUAUUAUACAUUUAAUAAAAUCUUUUUUACCCAAGCAAGAUAUGCAAGAGAAUUUUAAACCAAUAGUAAAUAUGAGGUGAUAUAGUGACUCAUCUACUUAAGUUCCGCUUGUCGUAACAUGUUGAAUACUUAUGCAGUUAAUAUCAGUUGUUCAUUAUUUCAAGAGCAUAUCUUUCUUACACAGUACAUUGAGACCAGAACUUUAUGACUCACAAAACAAGAUUGAGUUUCUGAUUUGAUUUUGAGUCAAUCAAUUUGCUUGAAAGAAAAAAUAAAUAGAAGCUACUUAAAUGUCUUCAUAACGUGGAAAUAUCUAUCAACAAAGACAUAAUUGUCAAAAUGGGGCUGAAUUAAAUAAUGAAAUAAAUAAAUUUCAUAAAUUUGUUUUUAAAAUGGACAAAAAUUAUGUUAAAUCUACUAUAGAAGGAUUGAAAUCAACAUCAUCAAGCCGUGUCCAGGAUACCCUAUUGAAAAUACGAAGUAAAGUAAUAACAAAUGAUAGUGGAAUUCAACUUUUUCGAGAUUGUGGAGGGUUGGAGUGUUUACUGCCACAUUUACGCAAACCCAAUGAAAGAAUUCUAGAUUUAACGUUAAGUAUAUUGGGGAAUUGUUGUCUAGAAGAUGAAAGUAGUUUAGCUGUUGGAAAGUUGAACUACUAUGGACCUCUCGUGUCUAUUUUGAAGACAGUCUGCCGAGACAGUAUUGUAGGUAGGGCCUGUCGUGUCAUCGGCAAUAUGGCCCAGAAGACCAGCAAUGCAGAGAACUUGCACAACCAUGGGGUGGUCACUGCACUCAUCACACUGAUAGAAAGCCGGGAUAAAAAUACUUCAUAUCCUACAUUAACGAUGGCUGUUAGAGCUGUAAGACAAUUAUGGAUGGUCCCAGAAAAAAGAGAGGAAAUGCUUAGUUUAAAUGCAGUUCGCUGCAUAGCUAUUCUUCUAACAACUGAGUGUGAGUCUGCUGGUGUAAUCAAAUCUACUUGCAAUCCAAGUAAAGAAGGUGAAGGCUUGAGGAAGAGCCAAGAGGAACUAAUAUGUGGUAUUUUAAAGUGCUUGGGUUACUUCACAACCCAUGCCUCUGCAUUAUGUGCAGAACAGAUACAAGGUGAUGGCAGAGGAUACCAGUGCUUGGUGGCAUUGACUAAAACAUAUGAAUCAGUGGCAUUGAAAUGUCUUAUGAACUUAUGCUACCUCUCUUCAUGCCGGCCACUUCUUGGCACUGCUGGACUUGUGGAGUGCCUUGUUAGAAUUUUACUUAAGAAUUCAGAGGAUUCAUACUGGCAAAAGACAGAAUCGGCGGCCCGCGCCCUCGCGCAGCUGAGUGGUGAGUCAGUGAACCGCUCGCGGCUGCGACACUGCGGCGGACUGCCACUUCUACUUGCCGCGGCUCGGGUCAGCCCAGAUGCUAUGCGGGCGUUGCUGCAAUAUGUGUUCGAUGAUACUUCAUUCCAAAUCCUAGUCAGCAAAGGGCUCAUCAGCCUGCUGACUGACGAACUAACUACCUUCGUAGCAACCAUGGACUUUGAACACAACAACUUGGAAAACGCAGAGUCAAACGAAAUCGUAACCGCAUUUAAAACAGAAGAGACCGAGGCCCCAAAAACCGAAGCAAAGUUAAAUAAUGACGAUGGAAAGUCGUUAUUCGUAAGACGUCGAGGCCCUUUUUGUUCGAAGAAUGAAGAUGAGCUAAAGGUGGUGAUUGAGAGGGAUAAUAUGAUAGUGGGGUUUGUGGAUGCGGUGGACAGUGAUGCCUCGGAGGACAGUCAGAGUGACGAAGAGACGCCGCGGCGGAAGCACCUGAAAAGGGCGCGGUCAAGGAGCCCUAUGACUUUAAAAAAGAAAUCACAAUUAAUCAAAAUGGCCAGCAAAGACUGGUCAGCUGGAGUAUAUUGGGAGCCGAAAAGCCCCGAAUGGCCUUCCAGCUCCCGAAGCGCCAUGAGCCCCGACCGACCGCAAAGCCCCCUAUCACCUUACUACGAGGCCGGGUUAGGCCAGCCCGGGUUCCCGGCUGGCUCCCAGUUCCCCGCCAGCAAGCGCGCGCGGCUGGACUGGAGCCCCGAGUCGGGCGUGAGCACGGGCGAGGGCAGCAGUAUGGGCUCGUCAUGUUGGAAGGACUUUCAAUGGAGCUCGGGCAGUGAAAGCCCUACUUCGCCUCUGAGCAUUAAUGAAGAGAGUUCCGAUUCUGAGAUAUCGGGGCGGUACUCCCCAGUGCUGUGCGAGGCGGAGGGCGAGGCGGACGGCGCCGCGGCGCGCGCCGAGCUGGCCGCGGCGCAGGUGGCGCACGGGCUCGACGAGCUCAUCAUGGACGACGACGAGAGCCUCGACGACGCGCCCGCAGCCGAGAGCUCCGGCAAGCUAGAGAACUCGAAGACCUCCCGCAUAGCGUGCGUUCUCGUACUCCUGUUCCGAGUGUCCCACGGCGCAUGCAAUAGCCUCGGGGCCAUACGAGAAGAACCAGUGUCUAAUCAUACGUUGGAACUGCUGACGGGUAGAGAAUGUCUUAAUGCGUUGCUGGAUUAUGUUGAGAAGUGCAAGCGGCCUUUGGGCAGGGCGGCUAGGAUACUUGCUCGAGUGUUAAGCAAUGCCCUGUGCCUCAUGAGUAUACUCAAGCAUAGAAUAGCUCUUAGACUACACAAAAUGUCGGUCGUCUCCAAGCAUCCGCCUACUAAAUGCCAGCAGUGCAAGCAGAUCUUGAGAUUGAGCUCAAAACUGUUGGCUCAGUUAACAAUCCUGGCAGAGUCCAGUUACGGUAUCGGCGAAAUUAGUUACCAGCUCCUAAAGGGCUCCCCCGCCAUGCAACAAACACUCUCCAUCACACUGCCAUACAUAGUAAGAACUGAAAAACCGUUGAAGAAAUAUUUUAUAGAUUGCAACGCCUUAAACAUCCUGUUCAACAUAAUAACGGAAUCCAAAGAAGACAUGAAAGUGUGCGUAACCGCCCUAUCGAAGCUUGCCACAAACGUACACAUCAAAGACCCUAAAUCUUUGGAGAACAGGUUCAACGACCAGAUCUGUGUCAGCUACGAUCCUAUAUUAGACAACUUGGCAGUAUCCGACAUAGUGACAUUCGAGUUAGACGAUAAGUCACAAGUUAACGCAAAUAAGAUAUUCCUAUGUCAGAACUCUGAAGUAUUCAGUGCCAUGCUUAUGGGAUGCUUCAAGGAAUCGGCAGAAAAAUGCGUCAGACUGCAAAACGUAACAAAACCAGCGCUCGAGUACUUAUUUACUCUAUUGCAUUUCGGCUUAAAUAACCCAAAAUGCGACGUGCAAGUGUUCCCUCUAGCGGACAAAUUAGAAACUAACUUAGAAGUACUGUUGCUAGCCGACAGGUUCCUUUUUGACAAACUGAAAGGCUUGCUAAGUAGUGCCAUAUUACAAUUCCAGCUAACGCCGGAGACUGCUGAUAAGAUCUACGUGUGGUCGUUGAGUGAAGGCAUGGGUUUUCUUUGCGUUGAAUCCGUUGCGUACUUACUGACAGGCAAAAUGUGCGAGGCGCAACGCGCGCAGUCCUUCAGCGCUAUACUAGACUUAGAAUAUAAGGAACAGUGGUUGGACGACAUUAAGACUAUGAUUGUGAGACAACUCGUCAAAUGAAUUUAUGUUUACAUGUUGAGAAGCUUAUUUCAGUUAUUAAGUGGGCCAUAACUUUAUUUUACAAUGUAUAUUUUACAAUUACUGAUUAUUUAAUUAUGGAUAUAUACAGGACCAACAUAAUCACAAAAAGCAUUUAAAAAAAAACAUGUUCAGAUAAAUCAAAUAGAGUUCAUCUAUGUCAAGCCUGCACUGACUAUGACUAUGGCUUGACGUAGAUGGACUGUAAAUGGAAUAUUAUUUUAUACAUUCCUAUGCAUAAAACCACUAAAACGCCAUAACAUUUAUUAUAUCACAUACUCGUUUGCAAUGAACUCACUAUGUAGGCAAUGGACGCUCUCAGUAGCCGAUAAGAGUGAUAUCGCCCGGCUAGGCCACCUGAACUUUAUAAUGGGAGUAUCCUCAAAAUACUGUAUUCGUUUAAAAAAGACGCAGGAUCUGAUGUUUCUUGUGACCCCACUAUUUUUGUUACACCUUAUAGACCACUAAAAUAACAUCUUAUAGAAUUAGUUCAGCUGCAAAAGUAUCUGAUUAAUUGAAGGCAUGUUUGUUUGUAGGUAUGUUUUGAAUUUUGAAUUUUGAACAUAUCUACAUUUUUAACGGAUUUGAGUUAUUGGUAUCAUAGCGUUCGUCUAAGCAGGAUCCGCAAGUAGAAUAAAAGAUAGUAUCUAAUAAAAACCGGCCAAGAGCAUGUCGGGCCACGCUCAGUGUAGGGUUCCGUAGUUACUCUUCCGUCACAAUAAGCUAAACUGGAGCUUAAAGUAUAGUAAAUUGUAAACCAAGGCAUGAAACGGUACCUUUUGACCCGAGUUAAACAAAUAGGCAAAUUUGCAUAAUCAGUACCUAAUUAAAGUAAGUAAGUCUUUUUACUAUGAAGGGGAAACUUCUUGCGAUAACUCAAAAACAGAUAAACUGAUCAUGCCCGCUAUAGUUUUCAUUUAAUGUUUUUCUUAAAGUUAGUACUACACAUUUUUUUCUUUCGGAGCGUAUAUCUCCGAAUAUAUUCACUUUAUCAAAAAUGUUUGUUGAAGACCCCUAUUAGUUUUGAAAGACCUUUCCAACGAUACCCCACACUGAAGAGUUCAAGCAAAAAAAAAAUCACCCCCAAUUUACGUGUAGGGGAGGUACCCUAAAAAAAUUUAAAUUUUUAGAUUUUAUUGUACGACUUUGUCGGCUUUAUUGAUUUAUAUAUCCAUGCCAAAUUUCAGCUUUCUAGCACUAACGACCACGGAGCAAAGCCUCGGACAGACAGACAGACAUGGCGAAACUAUAAGGGUUCCUAGUUGACUACGGAACCCUAAAAAUGACCCCAUUGUCCAAAAUCAGUCCCAAAAAAUAUACACUGUAUGGGUUCACGUAAAAAAACUUAAUUUUAAAUAUAACUUGAAUUUAAAACGUGCUUAUGAAUCUUCACUUCUUCCCCUAAAUCCUCACAAAGUACGCGAAUUGAGGAAAUUGAGGCAGUUUCUGGUCAAACCAUCGAGCCAUCAAUUCUACCAAUCCAUUUUGUAUCCAACGUGUCGAGAAUCGUCGUCUCUGGAGGUAGAUAGCGAUGACAACAGCAGCGGAUGUGAGGAUUAUAAUAAAUCCACAUAGUUAAGUAAAAUUAGCCUGUACCUCUCUCAUAGAAUAAGAAGAUAAUUUCUAUACAAUGUUGUUUUAUUUUCUUACAAAAAGAACAUAACUAACAAAAUUUUACAAAAACAGCAUAAGUGACGAACCUAUUUUUAAAUUUUUUGAAAUCGUAUAUUUCUGAACUAUUGGCCACUUACUAAAAUCACCAAUAAAAUAUUUAUCUCUACUAACGAGUAUAUAAGAAAACAUUUAGUUUUUUUCGUUUCCUGUAAAAUCAUGUCUAGUGUAGUGAUGUUGUUUUUGUAAACAUGCCUUCAAUUUUUUGACCAUAAUGACUUUUUUUUUAUACUGUAACCUUUGUCAGCCAUGGCCAGCUGUGGUGGUCAAAGGACAAUGGUCAAGAAAAACAAAGCGCCAAAAGUAUUUGCCACACUCUAUAAGUUUUACAAAUAUAGACUUAUUUUAUAAAGGUCUAGAAAUACCUUUAGAAAAUAGACAGCUCUACCGAGUAGUAUCACGUGCUUUGAAAUAUCUGUAACAUGUGUCAUUCUGCGCGAUACGGCAUCUUAGAAAACGAAAAACUUAGUAAUAUUUUAAGUACCUGCCUCACACUAAGAUCCCUUUCUCUUAAGAAAGACACAAGAAUUGUUGCAGCUGGUUUAUGAAAUAAUUAUUCAUAUAUGUAUAAUUGCAUCUCAUGUAUUCAACCUUCAGAAAAUAAUAUUUUACACAUUAAUGUAUUAACUUAGAUACCUAAAAAGGUUUAUCAAUUGUUUUCAUUUCAUUAUAAUAAUUGAAAAAUAUAAGUUUAAAAAACUUUUUA